AUGCGGUCCACUGCCGCCGCCGCCGUUCUCGCCGCCGCCGCCGCGGCUGGUAACACAGGCCAGGGCCAGGGCCCACCCCCAGCCGCCUACGUUUACUCCGGCCCCGGCGCCGGCACCCGCUCCGUGCUCAGCACGCUGCACAGCCUGCGGGAGGCGCUGGUACCGGCCGUGCAGGUGGCCAGCCUGGAUGCUGCAGAGCUGCUGGCGGGCGGCUGGCAAGCAGGCUGCCUGCUGCUGGUCAUGCCGGGCGGCGCCGACCUGCCAUACUGCCAGCACCUGAACGGCCGCGGCAAUGCGCUCAUCAGGGAGUAUGUGGACGGGGGAGGAGCCUACCUGGGCCUCUGUGCUGGCGCAUACUACGCCUGCGCUCGCGUCGAGUUUGAGCCUGGGUCCAGGCUGGAGGUGGUGGGCGACCGCGAGCUGCGCUUCUUUCCAGGCACCGCCGCCGGCUCCAUCUACCCAGGGUUUUGCUACGAGAGCGAAGACGGCGCGGUGGCGGCGCCCCUGCGCUUCCGCUGCCUGGAAGGCCGGGAUGGAAUUGCAGGCUGCAGCAGCAGCAGCAGCAGCAGCAGCAGCGGUGGCGGCGGCAGGAGGAGCAGGGGCAGUGGAGGCGGCGAGCUCCCUCAGCAACAGAAGCAGCACCAGCAGGACCGAGGAAUGGCAUGCUCAGGAGCAGUUGAAUCGGCCGGGGACCAGGCAGAGUGGGCCCCGUUAUCUGUGGCGGAGGCUGACUGGCAGGAGGGCGUCGAUUACGUCAACGGAGGGCCCGGCUUCUGGCUGCCUGGAGACCCUGCGGCCCCCCAGGCGGCAGCAGCAGGUGCAGCAGGUAGCGACGGCAGGAGCGCAGCGCCUCGGGACCAGCAGCAGGGGCAGGCCCCUCCUGCACCGGCCAAGGAGCGGACGCAGCAGCAGCGGUGGGAGCCGUGGGAGCGGCAAGGGGCACACGUGCUGGCCACUUACCCCGAGCACGGCGGCGCCGCCGCGGCGCUACUGUGCCGAGUGGGCAGCCGCGGCGGCAGGGCUGUGCUGUGCGGCAGCCACCCAGAGCUGCACCCCUCCUGGCUUAACGGCUCGGGGCCGCCCCUGGGCAGCAGCAGUGGCAACGGCAGCGGCAGCCUCUUGGCGCCAGCAGGCGCUGUGCCAGUGGCGGCAGCAGGCACCGCGAUUGCUGGCAGCAGCACAGCGGCUCCAUUUGUGGACAGCGUCAGCAACCGGGCGGCUGCCUCCAGCGCUCUGGCGGCCGACCUGACUGGCUCGGCUGGCCACAUGCAGCGGCUGCAGCAAGCGCUGAUGGCAGGGCAGCCUCGGCGGUGGCGCCUCUGGCGCAGCCUGCUGGUGGCAGCCGGCCUGCAGCCGUGGAUGCAGCCGUACCGACACUGA